AUGGGGGAUCAUUUCGAAUAUCCAGCUAAGCAUGUCGACACGGAGCUCAAGUUCUGGAGAGCACCCGUGGGUGACAAUCGUGUCCAGGUUGACUUUACCAACGGGAAGCCUGAGGAAGGUGCCAAGGCAUUGCGUGCUCAUGAUGAGAUGCACCCAGUGCGAGUGCAUGACAUCCGAGGCCAGGAAUCGAGCUUCUCGCUGGACAAGAAUGGCUUUGCAUAUGCGUCACAUGAUAUGCCUGGGGAUGCCACGGAUGAAGGACAGGUUCAUGACACCAUCAUCCCUCAGACCGAGGAACUAGUGCGCCAAAUGUCAGCGACUGGCGCAACAAGGACGGUAACUUUUGCACAUCGGGUUCGGUGCCUCGCGACAGAUGCAUCCUUGCAUGCCGACAAUCGCGCACCGGCACAUAGCGUGCAUUCAGACUUCACCGCCGAAGGGGCCUUGCACCAUCUGGAGUCGAUUAUACCCGACCUGCAGGAACGGACACGUCUCCUCGCUGGCCGGGUCCUGAUUGUUAAUGUGUGGCGGCCGUUGAAAACCAUUCAGCGAGAUCCCCUUGCAGUUUGUGACUGGAACUCGGUGAAUCCACGCGACAGCAUUCCCACGCGGCUGAUGUUGCCUCAUGGCUGGAAUGAACUGGGCCGGUAUGCCUUCAGUCCAGACCAGAAGUGGUACUAUCUGGGCUGUCAACAGCCGAACGAGCCUCUGGUCUUUACGCAAUUUGACAGCGACAAAGGGGUCAGCGUCCCACACUCAGCAUUUGUUGACCCUGAGUUUCAAGAUGGGGCUGCCAGGGAGAGCAUUGAAAUCAAGAUGUUUGUUUUUCCUUAG